AUGCCCUCACACCGUCCCUACUGCUCUCACACCGUCCCUACUGCCCCUCACACCGUCCUAAUGCCCUCACACCGCCCCUACUGCCCUCACACCAUCCCCUACCCCUCACACCAUCCGUACUGCCCUCACACCGUCCCAUGCCCCCACACCGCCCCUACUGCCUCUACACUGUCCCACGCCCCCACCGUCCCUACUGCUCUGCACACCGUCCCUACUGCCCUCACACCGUCCCUACUGCCUUCACAGUCCCCACUGCCCCACACCGUCCUAAUGCCCCUCACACCGCCCCACUGCCCUCACACCAUCCCUGCUGCUCACACCGUCCCUACUGCCCCCACACCGUCCCAUGCCCCCCACACCGCCCCUACUGCCCUCACACCUUCCCUACUGCCCCCCCACACCAUCCGUACUGCCCCUCACACCGUCCUUAAUGCCCCUCACACCGUCCUAAUGCCCCCUCCCUCACGCCGUCCCCUACUGCCCUCACACACCGUCCCUACUGCUCUGCAUCCUGUCCCUAUUGCCUCACACCGUCCUGAGUGCCCUCACACCGUCCCUGCUGCCCCUCACACCGUCCCUGCUGCCCUCACACCGUCCCUGCUGCCCUCCACACCGUCCCUACUGCCCCCACACCGUCCUUGCUGCCCCUCACACCUCCGCACUGCCCCUCACACCGUCCCUACUGCCUCCACACCGUCCCUAUUGCCCUCACACCGUCCUGAGUGCCCUCACACCGUCCCUGCUGCCCCCCACACCGUCCCUGCUGCCCCCCCACACCGUCCUCUGUCCCUCACACCGUCCCCUACUGCCCCUCACACACCGUCCAUGCUCCCCACACCGUUGUUACCCUCACACCGUCCUCCCUUGCUGCCUCACACCGUCCCUGCUGCCCCUCACACCGUCCCUGCUGCCCUCACACCGUCCCCUGCUGCCCUCACACCGUCCCUACUGCCCUCACACCUCCCUUGCUGCCCUCACACCGUUGCAUGCCCUCACACCGUCCCUGCUGCCCCUCACGCCGUCCCUGCUGCCCUCACACACCGUCCCUGCUGCCCUCCACACCGUCCCUGCUGCCUCCACACUGUCCCUGCUGCCCCCACACCGUCCCUGCUGCCCUCACACCGUCCCUGCUGCCCUCACACCGUCCCUACUGCCCCUCACACCGUCCCAACUGCCCCCCACACCGUCCCCUGCUGCCCCCCACACCGUCCCUACUGCCCUCACACCGUCCCUGCUGCCCUCACACUGUCCCUGCUGCCCCCACACCGUCCCUGCUGCCCUCCACACUGUUCCUACUCACCCCACACCGUCCCUGCUGCCCCCACACCGUCCCUGCUGCCCUCCACACCGUCCCUGCUGCCUCACACCGUCCCUGCUGCCCUCCACACUGCUCCCUACUCACCCCACACCGUCCCUGCUGCCCCCACACACCGUCCCUGCUGCCCCCUCACACCGUCCCUGCUGCCCUCACACCGUCUCUGCCGCCUCACACCGUCCCUGCUGCCCUCCACACACGUCCCUGCUGCCCCCUCCACACCGUCCCCUGCCCUCACACCGUCCCUACUGCCCUCACACCGUCCCUGCUGCCCCACACCGUCCCCGGCCUCCACACCGUUCUACUACCCUCCACAGUAG